GGAUUCGAGUUCGAAAGUUGAAGGAGUUCAAAAGCUUGGAAGCGAAAAGCAGGGACCGCAGAGUCGUAGCAGAACGCAGAGUAGAGAGAGUUGAGAAGAAAGAGAGAGAGAAGAUGAAGAGGGCGCAGUUGGAGUUACCAGCGGGGUUCAGGUUCCACCCCACGGACGACGAGCUGGUGAACGAUUACCUGAUUCGCAAGUGCGCUUCGCACGCCAUCUCCGUCCCCUUCAUUGCCGAGAUCGAUCUCUACAAGUUCGACCCUUGGGUCCUCCCAGAAAUGGCUCUGUACGGCGAAAAAGAAUGGUACUUCUUUUCUCCGAGGGACCGCAAGUACCCCAACGGAUCACGGCCGAACCGGGCAGCCGGAAGCGGUUAUUGGAAGGCAACCGGAGCUGAUAAGCCCAUCGGCCGCCCAAAGACGCUCGGCAUAAAAAAGGCCCUUGUGUUUUACGCGGGGAAAGCUCCGAGAGGAGUGAAGACCAAUUGGAUCAUGCACGAGUACCGCCUCGCCAACAUCGAUCGAUCCGCUGGCAAGAAGAAGAACUCAAGGCUUGAUGACUGGGUUCUUUGCCGGAUACACAACAAGAAGGGCACCAUAGAAAAGCAUUCACCCUCCACGCUCAAUGAAACGGCAGAUUUCCCCGAAGUGGAGAUCAAGCCACAGAUUGUUAUGCCGGCGGCGCUGAACCCGUACACAUCUCCACAAUAUGCGGAUUCGCCGAUGACUACAGAUCACAUGUACACGGACUCGUCAGAGUUUUUACCCAAGCUGCACACGGAUUCUAGCUGCUCGGAGCACGCGGCGUCCCCAGGCUCAGCUUGCGAGAAGGAAGUGCAGAGCGAGGUAAAGUGGGACGAUUGGGAGAAGGCCCUCGAUUUCCAGUUCGGCUCAAUGGAUGACUUCUUGGACGACGCUCUCGUGCAAGGACAGUUUCAGUUGGAUCAGUUCUCGCCUCUCGAGGACAUGUCCAUGUACUUGCAGCAGUCAUUCUGAUUGAGUCCAUUCGGGUUGCUACACAUUGAAAUUGCAUGAUCCACUGGCGCGGUGAUUAAUCAAGACCAUCUCUGUCUUGCACUAAUUGCUCAUGUGGGGGCUAUAGACUAGAGUCCAGGGAUUUUGCUUUGCUGGGUUUUGCCAGAGAGAGGAGCAAAGCGUUGAGGUGCAUCCAAUAACACGGUGCAAGUAAUCUGUCCGGCUCCAAAUUGGCCAAGAGAUGACACGGCAGAAGUGCCGCGAUCUUGAUGGGUUUGGAACUUGUAAAUACCUGAUGAAAGUCUUUAGUGAAAUUGUUUGCUGUAACAUUGUAGCAAAAUUGUUUCAAUAUUUUAUUGAAGGAAGAUUGUUUUAAUAUUCAUUGCUGUGGAAAAUUCAAGUGAA